UUGAUGGAGAUGGAUUCAAUCAAUAUAGUAGACAGAUGACUUGAUUCUUGAGCAAAUCUAAAUACCUAGUUAGUAAACCUCAGAGAUGUAGCAGAUCUAGUGGUAACAAUAGACAGUGACAGUGGUAGAGUGAUGAUAGUAGGUAAGGAAGCAGAGGUGGUACCGCGCAUGGAAUGAUUAUUGAACCAUUGAUGGAUGGACUGGUUGUCCCAUUCAGACCAGGUCACCUGCCCACCCCCUUCCCCUCCUCUCUUCUCCUCCUCCUCCUCCUCCUCUUCUUCUUCUUCUUCUUCUUCUUUUUCUUCUUCUUCUCUCCUCUCUUCUCUUCCUCUUCAUCAUUCUCUUCAUCUUCAUUUCACUUCUCUACUUCUGAAUCCAUCUCCAUUCGUACCACCACUUGCUAUCCAUCACUGUCUAAACCAGUAAGCUUCAUCUACCAUCUCCUGUCCUGUAUUGUCUUCAUCACCAUCUACCUAUCUAUCUCUCACCUAGCUCUCUGACAUCAACCCCUUUCCUCUAUCCUUCCAUCUAUCUAUCUCUUUCUG